AGAGAAAGAGAGAGAGAGAGAGGGAGCCAUAAAUCCCUGACUGAAGUUGUCCUGUGUUUAGUCCGCGAGUCUGCCUCCCUCUGGCUGUUUGUGUAGAUGCUGAAGGAGCAGCUGAGGAAGAAGAAGAAGGAGGAGGAGGAAGGAGGAAGGAGGAAGGGUGUGGGGAGGAGGAGAAGAUUUCAGCACCGGAGCUGUCCACGCACGGAAGAAGAGACGAGCUGCUUUCCACACUGAGUGAACACGCGCUCCGUGGGACUGUGACGCUGAGGAGGGGAAGGAAUAACAAACUAGUGUGCCAUUCAUUCAUUCACUCAUCCGUCCAUUCAUUCGUUCAUUCAUUCAUCUCUCUGCGGGGCUGCGAGUACAGACUUCAUUCUCCGGUGUAAAGUCCUGCCAUGCUGCACCGCCGGGUCUGAGACAGGAAGGACAAAGUGUGUGUGUGUGAACAUCAGCUUCUUUUCUCACAAGCCAUGGGAGUGCUCAUGUCAAAGAAGCAGCAGGUGGAGAAGGUGCAGAAAUGCACCGCCGUCGUCUCUGCCUUCCAGGCCGGCAUCAAGGACCGCCCUCCUACGACUAAACCGGCAGAUGGAGAAGAGGAGGAAAGCGACGGCCCUGCCAGAACCUCAGCAAAUCCUGAGGAGAAGAAUAAAGACGAGGCAGACAAGGAGGAGACGGAGGGCAACGCAGCGCCGUCGACCUCCCGCCAGGCCUCGCUUCAGACGAGGGACGAGUGCAAGGUCAACCAAGAGGCUUGGUCCAGGUUACGCGACGGGAAGGGAGUGGAGCCCGAAGAUCUCGACAAGACCCAUCAGCUCACGCCGCCUGCCUUCGUCCGGCCUAAGCGGGAAGCUGACGAUGACCAGCCGGUAGAGGUGGAGCUGGAAAAGAAAGAACAGCCACCACGAGACGAGAUGUGUGACGUAUGUGAGGUGUGGACGGCCGACGACCUGUUCCCCUGCAGGAUCUGCACGCGCGUCUUUCACGACGGCUGCCUGAGGGAGUUGGGCUACCUGCGCGCCGAGGCCCUGCAGGAGAUGAGAGACACGGCCCACACGGUUCCAGGCUGGAGCUGCUACUAUUGUGAUAAUCUGAAUCUACUGUUAACAGAGGAGGAGAUGUACAGCCUGAUGGAGACCUUCAAACAGUGCAAGAUCAUCCCCGAGUCGUGUCUGGUGUCGGAUGAGCUGCUCCAGUACCGCCACUUUGUCUCCAAGCUGCAGUUUGAUAAGGACCUGACCGACGAACAGGAGGAGGAAGUCCUGGGCCAGUUUGCGGCGCUGGAUCCUGAGAAGAAGGGUCACAUCGAGUGGUCGGACUUCCUCUACUUUGAGUCCCUCGCGAUGCUGAGGAAGUUCCGCACAGAGAACUCAAUGGUGCGCCUGUUGACCGCCAAGGAGAGAGAUAAAGCCCGGUCUGUGUUCCUGGGACUGCAUCUGGAUAAAGACGGCAUGAUCACACGGGCAGAAUGUCGCCAGGCUCAGCAGUCCUGGUUCCACAACCUGAACAAGGACUCACAGUCCUGCAACGUGAGACUCAUGGGACUCUGCUCUCCUAUGAAUUGUGGCAUCAGUCAAGUGGGCCCCAUAUGUGAGAGCAGUCCAGGAAGCUCUGGCAGUGAGAAGAGCAAGACUGGUGACAGCAGGCCAGUGACCUGGGCAGACUUUUUAAGGGAGAGUGCCAUCUAUAUUUUGGCCGCACGUCCCAAUAGCUCUGCCAUGCACAUUCCUCUUCCUCUAUAGUCCUGGACCUUCCGCCGCAACCAAGCAGAGCAAGGAGAGAGCGAGAGAGAGAGAGGGGGAGAAGUUGUACUCGACAGUCUACAGAUGAGAGGAAGAAGAAGAAGAUCGAUGUGGUGGCAUGACGACACGGUGAAGGAAUGAACAGCGUGAAGCAGCGAGAGAUCAAGUCAUCUCUCUUCCUCUGCGUCAAAUCAAUCCACGGCACGACACAGUGAAGACACAAGUGACAGCAGCUGUCACCGCCCCCCCCAUCCCCCAACCUUCAAACUCUUCAAAAACCUCACAACUUCCAAGUAAAAAAAACACAAAUAAGAGUUCAACAUAGUAUGAGGAGGAGACUAACCCACUCAUCUCUCAUGCAGUGCAUCAGUGAGUCAGCUUAUUUCUGCAAAUUUGAGUGGAAACAUUAUCCACACAAUCACUCAGUUACACUAUUUAAUUGGACUAAAGUGUAAGCACUAGCAGGAAAUGUGUCCACAUCCUCUACACUAGGUGGCGAUACACCCCCAUUUAGCAUAUUAGUAGUAGGUGGUGUCCGGUUUAGAUGGCGGUUAGUUGUUAGCAUGUGGAGCACCAUCCCGAGUCUUCCUACUGUUCAUGAACUUUAACAUUUUUGAUUCUUUGAGCUGAUAAACUCACCUUUUUUUUUUCUGUGAACCAGCUUCCUCUGUUAUUUUAGGGUCACAGCUGGGGGAGGGGCAACUGCGGGGCAUGUGCAGAGCGCUCAAGCUAGCUUCAGCCAAACUGAACAUAUACAUGCGCUAAGUAGCUUGACUCCCACGCAUUAUCUGGGUGUAUGAAGUCCUAUUUGGACGGGAUUUGUUUUACAUGCGAUGGUGUUGUAAAGUCAUUAUUAUCAGAGCUUCUAAAUUUUAGUCCCGUCAAAUGUACCAUGUCAGUACAAUCACAUUACAGUGACUUUUAACUGGGAACAAUUACCCCGGGUAAUACUAAAUUCCCGUGUUUUUCCCACAUUUUAAAGCAUGGAUCGAGGCCCUAUGUGGAUGACUGUCUUCACUUGUGAUAUCAACAACAAGCGUAGCACAAACAUGACGAAAGGAGGUGACAGCGGUGUAUAAAUGGAGCGCCACUCGGUCUCAGGGAAGUCGGGGUGAAGUUGUUUGCGCAUAGCCAGUGCCGGGUUGGGGAUCACCAGGUUCGCUAACCCCCUUGCCCAACGAAGGGGGUAGUAGUCAGGGCCCUUGUUGGUGCACCGGGUUACUAGGGUGAUAGAACAUGUGCCUUGUCUGGGGGGGUCACUCUCUGUGGGAGCGCACAGAACUGGUUGUAGCGGUGGUAAAGGGCUCCUGGGAAAGACAGUAUACCCCGAUUUACUCCUCCCAAUUGUGGUAGUUUUACUGAGAUGUCUUAUCCUGUGCGAAUUGGCCAUUAAUAUUACAGAUGUCCUGUGGUGAAAUUACAUUACUCCACCCUCCCCCAUGUAAAAUUAAUCCAGUCCGAAUAGGGCUUUCAUUUUAUCCAACUUAGUACAAAUUCAUUCUAAAAUGGCUAAAAUGUUAACGUGUAUUUGUAAAGUCUGGUUUCUGGUCGGAGUAACACAAUAAUCCGUUGUUUUUCUGACAUAAUGCAAACGUAGUGACUCACACAACACAUCUUUUCAGCCAACAUGCUACGUAACCGACCUCCUGCUGCAGGUACAUUUAUCUGACAGGUUGUUACUCUUUCAAGUAGUCGCUCCUCCAGGGCCUCAUCGGGUCCUCAUAAUAACGCCAUGCUUCUGUAAUGGUUUUGUGUUUUCCACCAUCAAAACUGUUAAUCACACAGAGGCACACAUGCAAAUUCAUUACUGGUUCUGUCUGACAAAUGGAUUCUCUCCCGGGAGACGAUGAGGCUGCAGCUGCCAUGUUCACAUCAACAUAUACCGAACAGGAAUGAUAGCUAUCCGCGUACGUACUAUACCACAACUGCUACAUACCCAUGUGAAUCAUUAUGAUGCUUUAAAGAAAAAAGAAAUACAUAUUUAUUCCUGUAUCCUCUGGUGUAUCCUUUGUUUUAUUCUCACUCUCAUCCCAGAAUCUACAGUCUAUGUUCUCCUUAAUGUGAAAUAAAAGAGUAGGACGUGAAAUCUAAGCCAGUGAAUGACUUGUGUAUAUACUGCCAUACGUAUUGUACGUUCUGUCCCCGGUGUGCUCUCUGAGCUUCACUACAACGAGAUGGAAACAUCUGCUCCGGUGCCAUUGUUUGCACUGCGGGAUAUGAGAUGUAGUCGGACGACUCUGUGACAUAAUCCUGAGCGGAAAUAGGAAAAGACAAUGGCAGAUCCAGUGCAGACAGUUGUGUCUUUUGUUCAUAUGCAGACACACUAUUUAAGACUUCGUAUUUAAGGCGUAGCGUGUGGAUACUACGAUGUUUUACAACAAUUUCAAUGCACACAAGCCUGUCCUUAGAAUCACUGGGAAAACAAAAUAGAGCCUCAUGUAGUGUUUAUGCCAUGUAACGAAGGUUCUGCGCACCGGGUCUCCGUGUCGUGAAUAAAGUACGGUUAUGACAUGAAUGCUGAUCUCAGCGAUCUGUCAGUGUUGAAAUAAAUGCAUGGCAUUUAAUGUCCUUCAUGA